CGCUUUGUGAUGAUCCACUUGGAAUUGAAAACAGUGCAAUGAGUCCAAAUCAAAUCACAUUUAGUUCGAUUAAGGAUGCUGGUUCAGUGAAGACGAAAGUUCGAAAGAAUCCUUUAGAGAUAAUUAAACUAAGUUCAACGAGGGGUUGGAUGCCACUAACUGUUAGCAUGACAGAAUAUGUCCUUUUUGACUUUAUUGAAAACCGAAAGUUGACUGGAAUUGUAACAAAGGGCGGUGAAUACGGUUGGGUGAAAUCAUUCAAUGUUCUUUAUUCACAAGACAACAUCAUUUGGAAUAAAAUUGAAGACGAUUCCGGUGAUGCGUUUGAGUUCUUAGCAAAUGUCGACGCGUAUAAAAUUAAAAAGAAUUUCUUUAAAAGUCCUGUCAACGCUCGUUACAUGAAAAUUCAACCAACAAAAUGGCACAGCACAAUUGAAUUAAAGAUUGAGCCAAUUGGAUGUUUUGUUCCUUACCCUGUCAUAGCUCAAGCAGCCACAACUAAACCUGAAGUUGAGAUUGUAACGCCGAGUACGUGUGGUGUGUGUAAAGGUAUUCUUGCACCACGACCUGUCAGACCCAGUGCCUGUACAUGUUAUCCACCACUUUAUUGGAGUGGCUCAGAAUGUGUACCACAAUCACAAUGUCCUUGUGUCGAAGGUCACAUGAUUUAUGAGAUUGGAGAGACUUAUCAAACGGAAGAUUGUGCCGAUUGUAUUUGCAAGAUUGGUGGCGUUCCAGAUUGCAAGCCGAAAGUUUGUGCGCCAUGUGGUCAAGGUUUACGUCGCGAAUCACCGAAAUCUUGUUCAUGCCAAUGUGUUCCAUGUCCACCAGAUACAAUUUUAUGUCAGACAAGUGGAGAAUGUAUUCCUGAAAGUUCAUGGUGUGACGGAGUUCAAGAUUGUCCCGAUGAUGAAAAGAAUUGCAUAAUAACCGAAAAACCGAUGAUUUUCGUUAAUCGAACUGAAACAUUGAGUUACAUGAUUCGUUUGCAAAUCCAAAAAGAUUCAAAAGAAUGUGCAAAAUUCUCUUGUGAGGCAGCUGCUGUAAAUGACGCUGUUUGCAAUGUCACUGGUCGAACCUUCAAUACAUUUGACUUCACAGAGUUCAAAUAUGACAUUUGCAAUCAUCUUCUUGCUCGCGAUGCUGCUGAUGAGAAGUGGAACGUGAUCAUGAAGAAAAAUUGUUCGAGUGGAAACAACAUUUGCAGAAAAGAGAUUGUGAUUAAAGAUAAAGUUUCCAUGUACACUUUGACUCUUUACCCAUCGUUGACUGUCAAUCUCGAUGGAUAUCCUUUUUUUAUUUGUAAUAUUAAGGACGACGAGAUUUUCAUUUCUUCGAUGAUGCCGACAUGUUCUGAUGUUUCAAAUUGUCCCCCAUUGAUGCGUUACACUGAUGGUUGCUGUGAAAAAUGUAAAUUGGAAUCACUUUCCCAACAAAAUUGCUUACCCGAAUCACUUGCUGAGAAAGUCACACUUGGCUUGAUAAAAACUCAAAUACCACCUCAUGGAAAAUGUCAAAACUUUGAGCCAAUUCGAGGUGUUACACAAUGUUCUGGAACAUGCAAAUCUGGAACGAUUUUUGAUCCAAUCACUUUCCAUCAAUUGAAAAGCUGUGACUGUUGUUCGGUAAGCAGUGUCAAAGAAAUUGCUGUUGAACUUGUGUGUGAGGAUAAAUACAAACUUAUCAAACAUUUCAACGUUCCGUCAUCAUGUGCAUGUUCAAAAUGUGGCGCCGACGACAUAAAAAGUCUGUAAAUUCA